AUGUCUUCCAUCAACGAGAUCAAAGCAGUCGGAAUUGUUAACAGUUUCAAAGACUGGCCGCAAGCCAAGCAGUUCACUUACAAGCCCCACAAAGCCAGGCCACAGGAUGUGGACAUCAAGAUUCUUGCCUGCGGAAUCUGUGGCUCUGACCUUCAUGCCAGUAAGGGCAACUGGGGAGAUUUGCCACUUCCAAGAGCCUUUGGUCAUGAAAUUAUUGGCGAGAUCGUUGCUAUUGGCGAGGCGGUUGAUAGCUCCAAGUACAAAAUCGGUGACAGAGUCGGUGUGGGUGCAGAGUGCGACAGUUGUGGUAAAUGCUGGAGAUGUGAGCAUGACCAUGAGAACACCUGCAGAAACUCGAAGAGCUUGUACUUGAGCACUUAUGAGGAUGGAACGCUCGUUCAAGGUGGAUAUGCUUCUCACAUCAGAGUGAACAGCAAAUUUGUGAUCCACAUUCCAGACAAGUUGAAGACGGAGUACGCCGCUCCUUUGUUGUGUGGAGGUAUCACUGGUUUCCGUCCACUGAUUUCUUAUGGAGUGACGAAGGGCACAAAGGUCGGUAUUUACGGAUUUGGCGGCAUCGGUCACAUGAGUGUUAUGUUUGCCAAAGCUUUGGGAGCAGAGGUGACUGUGAUUUCGAGAGGAAACAGCAAGAAGGAACUUGCUAAGAAACUUGGUGCCGACCACUACAUUGCCACAAGUGAAGAAGGAUUUGAAGCCAAAAACUACGACACUUUGGACCUGAUUGUCAAUACUGGUUCCGACUUCGAUCAUGAGUCUCUCACCAAAGUGAUCUCCAUGCUCAGGCCAGACGGCCGUUUCACGUUCAUCACCGCGCCUCCUGUUGGUGUCAAAGUGGAGCUGGUUCCAAUGUUCUACCUCAUGAACUGUGUCCAUAUUGGUGGUUCUGGUAUUGGAUCGCCUAAGGAGAUUGAGUACAUGCUCCAGGUUGCUGCUGAGCACGAUAUCAAACCUAUGAUCGAGACCUUUGACAUCUCUGAGGAGAAUGUGAAGAAGGCCUGGGAGAAGGUGGAUAGCGGUGACAUUAGAUUUAGAGCUGUCCUGACCGGCUACGACAAGUUCUUCAAAUAG